AUGGAACUCGUCAAGUAGAUUGCAUGGUGUAUACAGAAAAUGUAAAAGCCUGUUUUAAUCUCAAAAAGAAGAAUACAUAUGCAAAAAUGAAGUGAACCAUUUCCUGUGCUUACCACAUUGUAUAGGUAUUUGUACCAGCGGUUUAAAAAUUUGUACUUGUCAACUUUGCCAAAUUGGUUUUUGCUGCACGUCUGACAAGAUGAACAAGCCAGGACGGAGCUUUUUGUUGUGCUGGAACCGUUGCCCAAUUUAAGUUAAAAAUAAACCUGCAUGCUGAUUCCCUGACGAAAUGAAAGAGGUGAUAUUCUGGUCACCCAAAGAGGUGACAGAUUGGCUGAUGGAGAACGCUAUGCCAGAAUAUUGUGAGCCAUUGGGAAGUUUCACCGGGCAGGACUUGAUCAAUUUAACUAAGGAGGAUUUUAAGAAGCCACCUUUGUCACGUGUGUCUUCUGACAACGGGCAGCGGUUAUUAGACAUGAUAGAGACUUUAAAAAUGGAGCACCACAUUGAGGCACACAAAAAUGGGCAUGCCAAUGGGCACCUUAGUGUCAGCAUGGAUGUUGUCACCGGUGAAAAUGGUUUCAGCAGUAAAAUCAAACUGAACGGGAUGCCAAAUGGAUAUAGAAAGGAAAUGAUAAAGAUCCGUAUGCCAGAACCAGAGCGUUCCCAGUAUCCUAUGGAAUGGGGGAAGACUUUCCUGGCUUUUCUUUAUGCACUUUGCUGUUUCAUCUUUACCACAGUGACAAUCUCAGUUGUCCAUGAACGAGUGCCUCCCAAGGAGGUGCAGCCUCCCCUACCAGAUGCAUUUUUUGACCAUUUUAACCGCGUUCAAUGGGCCUUCUCUAUUUGUGAAAUUAACGGCAUGAUCCUUGUAGGACUCUGGUUAAUUCAGUGGCUGCUCUUAAAAUACAAGUCUAUUAUUAGCAGAAGAUUCUUCUGUAUAGUUGGCACGCUGUACCUUUAUCGGUGUAUUACAAUGUAUGUAACUACACUCCCAGUACCCGGCAUGCAUUUCAACUGUUCUCCAAAGCUCUUUGGAGACUGGGAAUCCCACAUGAGAAGGAUAAUGAAACUGCUUGCUGGCGGGGGAUUGUCUAUCACAGGAUCUCACAACAUGUGUGGUGACUAUCUGUACAGUGGUCACACAGUUAUAUUAACUCUUACAUACUUAUUUAUCAAAGAGUAUUCACCUCGGCGACUCUGGUGGUAUCACUGGAUUUGCUGGACUCUUAGCAUAGUUGGGAUGUUCUGUAUUCUCCUGGCUCAUGACCACUACACUGUGGAUGUGGUGGUGGCUUACUACAUCACUACAAGACUUUUCUGGUGGUAUCAUACAAUGGCCAAUCAGCAUGUGCUAAAAGAAGCUUCCCAAACUAACCUCCUUGCACGGGUGUGGUGGUACAAGCCCUUCCAGUACUUUGAAAAGAAUGUUCAAGGAAUUGUACCUCGCUCUUACCAUUGGCCUUUUCCCUGGCCAGUGCUACAUCUGAGUAGGCAAGCUAAAUACAGCAGAUUGGUGAAUGACACAUAACAGCUAUAAAAAAUUUGGGGAAAGGAACUGUCCAAAGUGCUAAGAACUCCAUGAGAGAAGAUGCCAUAAAAAGUGAACUACUCCCUGAUCCUUUAACAGUUACCUUGACUUAACCUAUUCAGUUACCUGGUAAGCACUGUGAUCUCUUUUUCUCUCCAAAGGAUCUGCGUUGGACAACAAUAAAGAAAAUUUAACUUAUCAUGCACUGUAUACAUUUCUUGUUAAUAGAUUUGGGAUUUACAUUACCCAUCACCACGUUCCUUUGUAUAUGAUGCGACAGCAUAAAUGAAAGCUUUUAUAUCAUAAGUUGUGGUCUUUCCAGUCAUGUCUGGGAAUAAAGCAUAUUAUUUUCUUGGGAAAACAUACUUUUCAUAUCUCUUGCCCCAAAGAUUGGGCUGUAAGCCAUUUUCUAGCAAAUGUCUAUAUGAAGGUUUCUAAAUACCUGACUGGGGUGAAAUUAAGGAAUCUUUCUACCUGUUGCACCAAUGAUACAAAUAAAAUGAUAGACACAGAAAGGUUUGGUAACUAUUGAUUUUGUAAAACAGCAGUGACAGUGUCAAAAAGAAGUGCAAAAAAUGAUAUUCUGUUGUAAAGUGAUUUUCUAAGUAUUUCCUAAAUUUAUUUUUCAAAAUGAUAUGUAUGGAAACUAAAUUUAAAAAGGUUUUUACAUGUCAGAGAAAAGUGAGUUAAAAUAAAUGCUUCUUGGGAGAGAGAGAUUUGUCUAUGUUUCUAGUGCCUUUCUUGUCUUGAUUGUAUGGUCAGUAGGCAGUCAUAAAUGUUUUUAUUUAAAAUAAAGUAUUCCAUAAAAACAGAAGUAAAAAUACUGUAUACAUUACUAAAUUUUACAUUUAUAGCUAACUUAAACUGGAAAUUUGCUUAUAAUGUUGACGUUGCAAUGAGUAUGGAGAAACCAAAAAUCUGUUCACACAUUGUGGACAGAUCCUAAUAAAAUGUACCACUUUAACUUAUUUUAUUGUGUACUUGGUAGUUGCAUUUUUACCAGAAAACAGCCAUGAAUUUCCUCUUC